CAAAAUGGCGCAUUUCAAUGGAUUUCCAAGACCAGGAAACAAUACUUUCCGACCGCGAUUUUCGUCUUUCCAAGGUCGCCCUCACUCAGAUCUGGUUCAUCCACCUCCUCUUAUGGGUGGCCCACCUCCAAGAGUCCAAUUUCCCUCUCAGGAUUUCCCAACUGGCGGAGGCCUCAUUCAACAGACUCGACAACCAUCACAACCCCCGAGACUAUUAAACCAAAACUCUUCUCGACAUUUUCGAGGUUCCGAAGCUGCGCAACGAUUUCCAAAUUCUAAGGAAAAGCUGCACAAUAUACUCCAAGGAGCUCUAAAGGGAAAUUCACUGUCUUUCUCAAACAAAAAAGUGGAUUUCAACUUUUGGCAGUCCACCGUGAAUAUACCCUGGCCAAGACCAAUGUCUUUUGGUGGCGAAGGUUCAUCUAAGCGAGAAGCUGAAAAAAAUGCAGCUGCACUUGCUUGUGUUGAAUUGGAGAGACUUGGAGUUGCAAGUGUUGGAGCGGCCAGUGUUUUAAAGAAAGAAGCCAUGGAGAACAAAGAUGAACCCCGCUGGAUUUACAUAGAUGAUGAGAAAUUGUCUAAAGUUGAAUCAUUUUUGUUAAAAUACUCAGUACUCAGGCAGCAACCUUAUGAACCCAGAAUUCAGCAGCAGAUAUUGCAGUGCCAGCCAGCUCAAGUAGCUGAAAAAUCACUAGGACCUGUCAAUGAAAUAGUGUUACCUGGAAGCAGUCAUGAGAGUUAUUCCCAGUCUGUAUCAACAAAUCCAGAGGAGUUUAAGCAAGACCCUGUUAUAGUCAAGGAACAUGAUUUUUUAAACUUUCCUGCCCAAAACACUUCUGAAUCAUUUAUCAAAAAGAAGACACAAUACAAUGCUGACAGUUUUUCACCUUUGAAUUCUUUUACCACAUCCUCUGUAGUAAAAGAUGUCUUUAGUGGUUCUCCAUGGAAACCGUUAUUUUCAGAGCAACACAAGGAACUCAGCCGGCAGUUGCUUCAGGAAUUUUCAAACAGGCAAAAUAUGCUGAGGUCAAGAAAUUCAUGCUUUAACAAUGAGACAAAGACAUUGCCUGUUGCAAGUCACAGGGAGAAUAUCACUGAAUUGAUUGAAAGAAACCGUGUUGUUGUUAUCUCUGGAGAGACAGGAUGUGGUAAAACUACUCAGAUUCCUCAGUUCAUUCUGGAUGAUGCCAUACAAAAAGGCAAGGGCUCAGCCUGCAACAUUGUUGUUACACAGCCACGUCGUAUAGUGGCCAUGUCAAUUGCAGAGAGAGUGGCCUCAGAAAGGGAUGAGAUACUAGGAAAGAGUGUGGGUUACCAGGUUAGACUGGAGGGCAGACUGCCAUCACAGAAGGGCUGUAUACUGUUUUGCACCACAGGAAUACUACUCAGAAGAAUGCAGAGUAAUGCCCUUCUUAAAGGUGUCAGUCAUGUCAUAGUUGAUGAGGUGCAUGAGCGGGAUAUCAACACAGAUUUUCUUCUGAUCCUCCUUAAAGAUUUGCUUGAAAAAAACCAGGACAUCAAGAUCAUAGUGAUGAGUGCAACUGUGAAUUCGGAAAGAUUCUCACAUUAUUUUCGAGGCUGUCCCAGUCUGGUCAUUCCAGGAUUCACUCAUGAUGUGACAGAAUACUUUUUGUCAGAGGUCUAUGAAUUCCUGAGCAGAACACCUUUAUCCAAACCUGCAACUGUCAAGAGCAAACGGUUCAAGCCAGAUUGCAGUUCUUCACAGGCCAGCAAGGAUGCGGACAGCCCUGAGGCAGAUGCCGAGCUCGUUACUGAGACAAUUCUUUUUGUGUCUAAGAACUACCCACAGGGAGCCAUAUUAUGCUUUUUGGCUGGAUGGGAUGAAAUCACUGUUGUUCAUGACAUGUUGUUAUCCAGGAUCAGUGAUAAAUCCCAGUUCCUUGUGCUACCACUCCACUCCAUGCUUCCAAUGUUUAAUCAACGAACAGUGUUUGAAAGACCCCCUGUUGGAGUACGCAAGAUUGUAUUAGCGACCAACAUAGCAGAAACUUCGAUAACUGUUGAUGACAUAGUCUACGUUAUAAAUGCUGGCAAUCACAAGGAAAAAAUAUAUGAUACAGGAAAGAAGGUGUCCUGUUUGAUGACGCACUGGACAUCUCAGGCCAGUGUGGUUCAGAGGCGAGGCAGGGCUGGUCGUUGUCAACCUGGUUUGUGCUUCAACCUCUUUACAAGACAACGUUUUGAACAUAUGGCCCCGUACCAGUCACCUGAAAUGCAAAGAGUUUCCCUCGAGGAGAUUGUCCUUCAAACAAAGAUCCAAUCUAUAGACGAAUCCUACUCCGUGCGGCAAUUUUUGUCCAAGGCCUUGGAUCCUCCGUCGCCAUUUGCUGUUCACAAUGCAAUAACACAGUUAGAAGAGAUUGGAGCAAUGGAUACCAAGGAGCAAUUGACGCCGCUUGGAAGACACAUGGCGCAUUUACCCGUCGAACCGCGAAUAGCGAAAAUGAUUAUAUACGGUGCUAUUUUCAGGUGCUUAGAUCCGGUGUUGACCAUUGCAGCGGGCCUCAAUUAUAAAGAUCCAUUUGUAUCGCCGCUCAACUUACGAGAGCAGGCUGAUCAGUCUCGCAAAAACUUUGCCGGCGACAGCAAAAGUGACCACGUGGCACUGCUGAAUGCUUAUAAUGGUUGGUUAGAGGCCUUGAGUCGAUCCCAAGGGAAACAAUUUGUUCAACAACGAUUUCUUCACUGGGGCACUCUCAAUAUGAUACGCGGCACGCGUGACCAAUUUAGCCGCCUGCUUCAUGACUCGGGCUUAGUUUCAAGCUCCAGCAGCGAUGACACGGUCAAUUACUUUUCUGGAAACAUGGAACUGGUUAAGGCGAUUUUAUGCGCCGGUUUGUUCCCCAAUGCUGUUAAAGUUGGUCUUGCCUUGGAGUCAAAAGGUAGAGGAGGAAAGAGGCGAGUCAGAGUUGGUUUUCGAACCAAAUCUGAUGGAAGAGUCGUAUUGCAUCCUUCCUCGGUAAAUUCUGACGAGAAACAAUUUCCUAGCCAGUGGCUUGUGUACCAUGACAAAGUGAAGUCCUCCCAAGUGUUUAUCCGUGACAGUAGUAUGGUCCAUCCUGUUGCUUUGAUCUGUUUCUCUGGAAAGGACGUAAGCGAAAUUCAUCAAGAGCACGGCCCUUCAGCACAGCAGCCCCGUGUUACACUGGUGGUGGAUGGGGACCACUGGAUGGCGUUUUACUGUACGCCAAGGCUGGCCCGAGUGCUGCAGUCCAUUAGACGGGAGAUAAACAAGAUGAUGGCUUGUAGUCUUUCAGCUGCAGUUACAGAUGACGCGCUGUUUUACUACCACGGCAAGUUGAUGGAGACUGUGGCCUUGUUGCUUACCCUGCCAGUACAGAAACCUCUCUCAUCUUCCCCUUGGUAGCAAUGACUUUUGUGAAUGCUGAGGUCACGGUGAUACCGUCAGUAGUGCUCCAAAGAACUCGAGACGUUUGAU